AUGGAUAUGAGUAUGUGGAAAUCACUUCUGAUUUCCGAUGAUAUUCUCAAGGCGAUUGAGGACCUAAAGUUCGAGGAGCCGACUCCUAUCCAACGACAUGUAUUGACUCUGGCCAUUCGCAACUAUGCCGAUAUCCUAGGCUCGGCACCAACAGGCAGUGGAAAGACGCUAGCUUUCGGGGUACCCCUACUGAUGCGUGUGCAUGAAGCCAAAUUAAAACUGGAAGCCUCGGUAAGUCUUCCGUUCUGA